AUUCUUUUUAUAUGUUUCGUUUGAGCAAUCGAUUAGGCAAGCAAUCACAAAUUAGAUUCUAUUCAAAUACAUAUGAUCAUUUGAGCGCACGUAAGCAAUCACUUAUAGCUCAAUCUGGUCUAUAUCCAGCAGGGUUUAAGGCAUCUGGUGUUGCUGCUGGUAUAAAAAAGAACAAGAAUAGCGAUAUAGCGCUCGUCGUGUCUGAGCUCCCAUGCUCUGCUGCUGCUGUAUUCACUACCAACAAAUUCCAAGCAGCCCCUGUCCUGGUCAGUAAGGAAACGCUGAACCAGAACAAUGACAAAAUCUUUGCUGUAGUCACCAACUCUGGUUGCGCCAAUGCUGUCACUGGAACUCAAGGAAUUGCUGAUGCGAAGAAAAUGAGAUCAAUUGUAGAUGAAUUGACAAAUCAAUCCUUGUCUGCUUUGACCAUGUCAACUGGUGUAAUAGGACAGAAUUUACCAAUGGACAAGUUAGAAGCAGGUAUCCGUGACGCCUAUGCCAAUCUCUCUUCAGAACACAAGACAGGUUGGGCAAAGGCCGCAGAAGCUUACAUGACAACCGACACUUUCCCCAAAUUGCGCUCAGGUGAAUUCAGUUUGCAGAAUGCAAAAUUUAGGAUGGCAGGUAUUGCAAAAGGUGCUGGUAUGAUUCACCCAAACAUGGCUACUUUACUUGGCUUUAUGGUUACCGAUGCCUAUAUUAAACCAGAUCUGCUUCAGAAGGCGUUAAAAUAUGCUGUUGACCGUAGCUUCAAUUCUAUCAGCAUCGAUGGUGAUAUGAGUACGAAUGAUACCAUUUCUGUGCUUGCUAAUGGUGCAAGUGACGUACGUAUCGAAUCUGAAGGGAGCGAUUUUGAGGCUUUUAGAGAUCAUUUGACACAAUUCGCCGCAGAACUUGCUCAAUUAGUCGUCCGGGAUGGCGAAGGGGCGACCAAGUUUGUUACUCUUCAUAUUAAGGGAGCUGAAACUUUUGAAAGUGCCAAGAAGGCUGCUUCCCAUAUUGCGACCUCUAUGUUGGUAAAGACAGCACUGUUUGGACAAGAUGCAAACUGGGGAAGAAUCUGUGCUAGUCUUGGUCACAGUGGGGUUGAUGUUGACCCGAGCCGUGUGAGCGUGAAGUUUGUUCCUACAGAUGGUAGCGAACAUUUAAAUCUCAUGGUUAAAGGAGAGCCUGAAAAAGUAAAUGAAGAGAGAGCGUCAGAGAUAUUAAAGAUGGAGGAUUUACAAAUCGAAGUUGACCUUGGAUUGGGCAAUAGUGAGACUAAAUUUUGGACUUGCGAUAUUAGUCAUGAGUAUGUUAGCAUAAAUGCUGACUAUCGCUCAUAAUGUAUAUCAAUAAAGAACAAGUGUGUAAAUUUAUUAACAUACGAUGCAAAGUAAAUAAAAAAAAUUAGAAAGG